AUGACAUCACUGGAGCUCGCCAUCUACAUGCCCAUCUUCGUGUUUGGCCUUGUCCUCAACAUCCUCGCCCUGGUUGUCUUCUGCAUCUUCCUCCGCAAGUGGAGUGAGUCCACCAUCUACAUGACCAAUCUGGCCCUCAUGGACCUCCUUCUCCUCCUCUUGCUCCCCUUCAAGAUGCACGCCACCAACCACCAAUGGGCGGCCCACCACCGCUUCCUCUGCUCCUUCCUGGAGAGCCUGUACUUCGUGGGGAUGUACGGCAGCAUCUACACCAUCGCCUGCAUAGCUGUGGACCGCUGGGUGGCAAUACGCCACCCCUUCCGUGCCAAGCAGCUCCGUUCCCCCCGGGCCGCUCUGGGGACCUGCAUCCUGGUCUGGGUGGUGGUGCUAGGGGGCAUCUCCCCCAUCUAUGGGUUCCGCAAGGCGGAGGAUGUGUCCUUCCACUGCUUCCACAGCUUCUCAGAGAAGGGCUGGAGCCCAAAGGUGAUCGGCUGCCUGUUGAGCUUCGGGUUCGUGGGGCCGGCCCUGGUGCUGGUAGUGUGUUCAGCCCAAACCAUCCGGACGUUGAGGCAGUCGGGCCAGGAGAGCCCUAAGAGCAGAGCCUGCGUGAAGAUCAUCUACAGCAGUCUCUGUGCCUUCCUGGUCCCCUUCACGCCCAGCCACCUGGGCAUCCUGCUGCAGUUCCUGGUGUGUUCAUAAUAAAGCUAGAGAUGCCAUAAACACUUUCUUAAGGUUAUCUUUUGUGCAUAUAUUUGUCUGGGGGCAUCUUCAUCCUUUGGCUCUGGUCUGUUAUUGCUAAGACCCAGAGUUUUUCCUGGCCAUGUGACCUGACCUGACAGGCAUAACCUCUAUCUAAUCCUCUAUGUCCUCCCAGGUGCAUCGAGGCCUGAUCGAGGACUGCUUGGCCAAGACGAGGAUCAGCCUUUUCUUGCAGGUGGCCAUGAGUCUGGCCAACAUCACGUGCUGUCUGGACGCUCUGUGUUACUACUUCAUCGCUAGGGAGGUGAGGAGCUCCAAGCAGACCUUCACCUUCAGGAGGUCCAGGUCCAUCAGCCAGAAGAGAGCCACCACCAGCACCUCAGAGCUCUGACGAGACCCAUGGAGGAACAAACACUGAGCCAAACUGGUUGAAAUGACGUUUUAACUAUUUUUGCCCACUGG